ACGCCGUAGAAGGGACUCUAAAUCGCUUACCCAACAUUCAAGGAGACCGACUCUGCAAGUCAGAAACCAGUAAGCCUUGCCUUCGAAACUCUCCGACUCUCCGAUCACAUCUCUCUCUCUAUCCACAAUGUCAUGGCUCGCCAAAUCCAUCGCCAACUCUCUCAAACUCGACGACGACGAAGACGGCUACAACAACCCCAACGCCUCCAUCCCCAUCCAAAACCCUAACUCCAAUGCCGCCCACCCCAACUCCCCUCAACCCGGUUCGCCGUCCUCCGAUCCCCGCGGCGGCGUCAAAGGCGACCUCUCCGAGCUCACCAAAACCCUAUCCCGCCAGUUCUGGGGCGUCGCCUCGUUUCUCGCCCCGCCGCCCGAUGCGGCCGCUCCGAAACCCGCCGAGCAGGGAGAGCCGUCCGAUCCGGAGCUCUCCGAGGAGGAUGUGAUCGCCGGAAUCCGGAGCGAUUUCGCGGAGAUCGGCGGAAAGUUCAAGAGCGGGAUCUCGAAGCUUUCGAGCAAUAUGGCGGUUUCGGAGUUCACUAAGAUCGCUUCGAAUUUGCUUCAGUUUGGAUCGGAGGAAGAGGCCGAGGCGGCUGGGCUGGCUCUCGGUGUGACGCCGGAGGUUCUUGCGUUCGUGAGAAAUGUUUCUAUGCAUCCCGAGACUUGGCUCGAUUUCCCUCUCUCUGAUGAUGAUGAAGAUUCAGAUGAUUUUGAAUUGUCUGAUGUCCAACAAGAGCAUGCUCUGGCUGUUGAACGUCUUGCUCCGGCAUUGGCUGCUCUCAGGAUGGAACUCUGUCCUGAGCAUAUGAGUGAAUCUCACUUUUGGAUGAUUUACUUUGUGCUCUUGCAUCCUAGACUGAAUAAACAAGAUGCUGAGCUUUUGUCUACACCCAAGAUAGUAGAAGUUAGAGCAAUGUUGUCUCAUGAGUUAAAGAAGGGAAAUAUGUCUAAGCCUGAAUCUGACCCUUCAGCAAGUAGUGCUGCUUAUUCAAAAGGAAUUACUGAUUCUCCCAAAGAACAGCAUCUUUCUGUGCCACCGAGUGCUCAAUCUGACAUAAUGCCACCCGAAACAUCUACCAUGAGAUCAGCUCCCCCACCAGCAACAGCUGAUAUUGAGACAGAGAAGCACCCAGUCCAGAGUAGUGAAAUCCAAAUUGUUGACAAGCCUGUUAUUGAAGAAAGACCAGUGAAAGAGACCAAACAUCCACUGCCACCCUCCACUUCUUCAUCUAAAGUCUUGGACGAGAAAGAUGAGGAUGAUGCUGAUGAUUGGUUGAAAGAGGAAUCAGAGAUGGAUGGGGACGGUGUCGGUGGAACCUCCAUCCCUAUAGAGAACGAUGAGGAUGUAUCAUUCAGUGAUCUUGAGGAUGAUGAUGGAGAUGUGCCAUCAGGUUACAAGAAGGCCACAUCUGGCUCUGACUCUUCAGCCAAAGAUUCAAGAGACUGGGUUCAGCUAGGCAGAAGCUCUCCUGAUUCAGAUAAGGACAUGAACUCUGUUGGAAUCAGACAUGCUGGGUCUGCGCAGGUAAGUUCCCGUAACCCAGAGACCAAAGAAUCUAAUGACUGGCUUGAUGUUGAUGACAUUGAUGUUAUAUGAUGACUACAUAAGAACCCUAUUGUGAAAGGUCAAUCUGGUUUAGGUCAAUGUGGCCUAUUCGUUUCAUUCAUCCCUUAUUGUGAAUAGACUGUGAAAGGUUUCUUUAGUCGAAGUUAGGCUAUGGGGACUAUGAUUGUACAUAAGGUUUAAUACUGGAUUAUUAUUUCUUAUGCAAGGAUGUAUUUCUGUGUAGUGAUUACAGCACCAAGCAAUAAUCUGAUCUGUUUAUUUAAUAUAGAAUUGUACUUUUAAGUUUA